AUGUCAUUCUCCAUGGCCCCAAAUGGGGCUGGGUCUCAGCAGCCAGCCCACCUCUCGUUGAACAGCAACGCUGGUGGUUUGUCUAACAACGCUGCCCCUGGCUUGAACCGUCCCCCCAACCAACACUCUUCCAACUACCACCUCAACGGCACUUCGACACCGACCUACCUCAUGCCCACUAGCCCGCCUAAGAGUCGCCGCGGAAGCAGUGACGGUAGCAGCCCUAAGCUGGAGACUGCGGUUGGACAGGUCCCAAUCUGUCUUGUAAAUGCUUCCAUAACGUACUGCGGAAAUAAUGAGAUCUAUGCCUUUGGAGGCUUUGAUCAGGAGACGGAUGAGGUCCUUCAGAUACUCUUGCUGUUUAUCUCUGCUCUGUCUCAAGUGGCUAACACUAGUGGUUUCUCCCCAGGACAUACCGCGUCUUUCUACCAGGGUGACAAACUUAUCGUCUUUGGAGGAGAGAAUGAACGUCCUGAACACCUUAACGACGUUAUUGUAUUUGAUAUCAAAACAGCAACCUGGACUUCGCCCGAAAUCCGAGGCAAACCCCCACGAGGAAGAGCUCGACAUGCAUCCGUCAUCUACGAAGAUAAACUGUUUGUGAUCGGCGGUGUAACAGGGGAAUCAAACCUUAUACUCGACGACAUCUGCUAUCUCGACCUCAAAACAUGGACGUGGUCGCGCACAUGGAGAUCUGUGGUGGUUGGAUCUCAAGGGUACCCCAUCACUCGAGAGAAUAUCCUCAACAGAGCAAGGUAUUAUGAUGCCAAAUUCAUCCCAGAUAAUGGAAAACAGCUACUAACAAGUUUAGACUCCCCAAAUAACACUCCGCCAACGACUGGACGGUUGAACAGUUUCGCUCCCAAUGCCGCUAACACCCAAAUCCGAUCAGCAAAUUCUCGUCGUAAACCGACUGCACCAGGUGCCAUAUCUUCCCUCAAGUUCCACUCAGGACCGUAUGUACCAGCUCUACGGUCUGGAACGCACUUCCACGUUUAUUCAUCGGGCCUACUCCUCGAUCUCGUCACACCCUCUGAAACGGUCAAACCCUGGGAAUGUAACCUGUCCACCAUGGAGAUGGACUCCCUACGCUGGCAGAAACUAGCAAAUGGUCAGGAGAUAUUUCCGGUUGAAAACCGCUGGCACUACUGUACCAUCGAUGAGGCCGGAAGUACGGCCUGGCUGUUUGGCUCCAGCUCUGGAAACUUGGAUCUUGGGGGAGAUAACCGACUAGACGCCAUACUUACUAUCGAUCUCGAAAAAUACGGGGUAUUGGGCCGUGAAGCCACGGAGCAGAAUCGUAUCCUUGCCUCAGAGCGGCAAAAUACUCUGAGUAACCUCGGUGCUGGGCUUGCUUCGGUCUUUGAUCAGCCCCCAGAGUCUGGUUGUGGGUCAGAUUUCAUCAUUACCGCAGACAUGGACGAUGCUGAAUUCUCGUACGGCCAGUCUGAAGGGGACGAAAGAGCGUCAGAAUUCCUGCCCGAGGAUGCUGCGAGAUCUCCGCCGAUACACGUUCACCGCAUCAUACUGUAUGCCCGAUGGCCUCACUUCCAACGCCUUUAUGCAGCGAAAAUGGCAGAAUACCACACAAACAGAAUGCACAUACCGGAGCCCUACCGUGUAGUCAGAGCGUUUCUCUACUAUCUAUACACAGAUUGUAUCUCUGGGGAUUCUGAAGUCAGCCCCAGCGUCCUCGAGGUUGCAGGCAUGCUAGUGAUGGCAAAUAUGUACGACAUGCCAAAACUCAGACUUCUUUGCGUGAACCGCCUCAGCCGGGAACUCGACGUCGACACUGCUGCUAUUAUCUGGGAACGAGCUGGCCGCACUGACGAAGACUGGCUCAGGCGUCGUGCUGCUUCCUUCUGUCUUGCAAACUGGGGUAGAAUCGUUCGCAGCGAAGGGUUCCGCUUGCUCAGCAAACAGAGUAUGAUCGACCUCUGCGAGGUUGUCGACACCGAAGCUCGAAUUCUGACUGGGCAUGAGGCUGAGCUGCGUGAUAUCCUUACGGAAAGAUACGACGCCACGAGCCCAAGAAGACCACGAGUGGCCGUUGCUGCAGGAGGACUGGAAGACGACCUUGACAUCGACGAAGAGGACGGCAUGGAAAUUUCCUGA